GUCGUUCCAUUCUCAUCUGAAAAAUAAUCUAACAAACAAAACAUGUCUGAGCCCAUCAAAAUAACCCAUUUCAAAACACACGACGUCCGGUUUCCGACGUCUAUUUCUGGAGAUGGCACGGAUGCUAUGAACACCGAAUGCGAUUAUUCUUCUGCUUAUGUCUGUCUUUAUACAAAUUCUGAUCUUGUUGGGUAUGGAAUGACGUUUACUAUCGGGAGAGGAAACGAUAUCGUCUGCAAAGCAAUCGAAGAACUCUCCAAAAAACUCGUCGGCAAAGACCUCGAGUCUCUCUUCUCAAACAUGGGAAAAACAUGGGACUUCCUCCUCUCCGACCCACAACUCCGCUGGAUCGGCCCCGAAAAGGGUGUAAUCCACAUCGCUACUGGGGCAGUGGACAACGCACUCUGGGAUUUAUUCGCUCGUUCACGCAAGAAGCCACUAUGGAAGUUAAUUGUAGACUUUACGCCGGAGGAGUUCGUACGUGCGACGGCGUUUCGCUACAUCACUGACGCGAUCACACCCGAAGAAGCGUUGACGAUGCUCAAGGAGAAAGAAGCCGGGAAAGCAGAGAGGGAGAAGAAAGUUAGAGAGGUAGGAUACCCGGCGUACGUCACCUCUGCAGGGUGGUUAGGAUACGAUGACGAGAAAAUCAAACGGUUAACAAAGGAAGCAGUCGCCGCUGGGUUCAACCACUUCAAAAUGAAAGUAGGCGCAAGCCGCGAAGCGGAUCUCCGCCGAGGGAAAAUCAUCCGUUCAGUCAUCGACGACCCAUCUCUCCUCCCUUCCGGCAUUUCACCUUCCUCUCGAGAUCCAAACUCACCAGGACUAAAGGGGAAGAACGCAGGACCGACGGGGUGUGUUCUCAUGAUAGACGCAAACCAAGUCUGGGAUGUUCCCGAAGCUAUCUCCUACGUACAAUCCAUCUCAGAGAUCCGUCCCUGGUUCAUCGAAGAACCAACAGCACCAGACGACAUCCUCGGCCACACCGCCGUCCGAAACGCACUCAAACCAUACGGCAUUGGCGUCGCAACAGGCGAACAUGCACACAAUCGCAUCAUCUUCAAACAACUCCUCCAAGCCAACGCGAUUGACGUAGUCCAAUUGGAUAGCUGUCGACUUGCAGGUGUUUCUGAAGUCCUCUCCGUUAUACUCCUUGCUGCAAAAUUCGGUGUACCGGUGUGUCCACAUGCAGGAGGCGUCGGGUUGUGCGAAUACGUGAUUCACCUGUCGUUGAUUGACUAUAUUGUCGUGAGCGGCUCGAUGGAGAGGAACGUCCUCGAAUUCGUCGACCACCUACAUGAGCAUUUCGUUUAUCCAUGCAGUAUUAACAAACAAGGGAGGUAUAACGUACCCGGGAACGAGGGCGAAGGGUACAGUAUCGAGAUGCACAGAAAGAGCAUUGAGGAGUAUGAAUGGCCGAAUGGGAGUUACUGGGUAGCACAUUCAAAGUAGGCCUAUUUCCGUGUCUGCAGCUUCAUUUCUAUUGCUAUGUGCAAAUGACCAGUACACGCUUUAUGCUUUCGAAAAAACGGAUAUGUAUUGUUAUCAGAUGGCAUCUAUACAUUGAUAUAUGAGGAA